UCACUUUUAUUUUUGUGCCGUGUUUUGUUAUUUGUUCGAUCAAGAUAAGAUUUUGUUUUCUGGGUUUUGUUCACUUCUUCAAUGGGUUAUCAAAUUUCGAGCCUUUCGAAAGCCUAAUUGAAGAUCUGGGGGGUGUGGCAGUUUUCUUUGUUCAGAUGCAUUGUUGUUUUGACUGUGGUCUUCUAUGUACUAUGUGAUGGAGAAUUGGUUUGUUUUUGUUUGAUCGUUGUGGGGAAGGAGUAUUUUUUUUUUCUUUUGGAGUUGUUGGGAGAAUGGUGUUGAUGACACAUAAUCCCUUUUGUACUACUCCAUGUAUGGGCAUGUUGAGAAACUAGCAGAAGAAAUAAAGAAAGGGGCUUCCUCUGUGGAAGGUGUUGAGGCCAAGUUAUGGCAGGUACCUGAGACACUGCUGGAUGAGGUGCUUGGUAAGAUGAGUGCACCACCCAAGAGUGACGUACCAGUCAUUACCCCCAAUGAACUAUCCGAGGCUGAUGGCUUUGUAUUCGGCUUCCCAACAAGGUUUGGAAUGAUGGCUGCUCAGUUUAAAGCCUUUCUAGAUGCUACUGGAGGCUUAUGGAGAGCACAACAGCUUGCAGGCAAGCCUGCUGGCCUCUUCUACAGCACCGGUUCACAAGGUGGUGGACAAGAGACUACAGCACUCACUGCUAUCACUCAACUGGUUCAUCAUGGAAUGAUAUUCGUUCCAAUUGGUUACACAUUCGGUGCCGGCAUGUUUGAGAUGGAGAAAGUGAAAGGUGGAAGUCCAUAUGGUGCUGGAACUUACGCCGGUGAUGGCUCAAGACAGCCAAGUGAGCUUGAGUUACAACAAGCAUUCCACCAAGGGAAGUACAUUGCUGGCAUCACAAAGAAGCUCAAGCAAGCUGCAUAAUGUUGCCUUGCCUUCAUAUUAGAUCAUACUAUUAUUAUUAAACCAUACCACAAUAUUGCUUGAAAAUCAUUGUCCAAUUUUUAGACUUGAAAUAUAUUGAGUUUUUUUUUUCUGUGCUUGCAAGUAUUUUUUUUUUCUUUCUAAUCUUGGUAAAGGAAAUGCUUUGUAUGAGUGUUACAUGUUGCAGUGGAUGUUGCAAUUUGUUGAAUGAGGAAAGUUUGUGUCUAGUCCUUUAGUGUUAGGCGGAAACAGUACUUGUUCCUAUCUUUUGUAUUGCCCCGUUAAGCACAUAAACAUUGCAACGACCAGUUUGAGUA